CUCUCUCUCUCUCUCUCUCUCUCUUUCUUUCUUUCCUUCCUUCCUUCAAAUGCCCUGAACGUCCUUACGCUGCUUCUCGCUGCAUGAGUACAGGUCACCUGAGAUACCUACCUAGCCGUCAGGAACCACAUCCUGAAGAAGACAGACCCUUGCUUCCCCAGCGGCUGGCUAUCUGUUGCCAAUACUGUAGGCUUCAUGAGCUUCCCCUCAGUGCAUGCUGAGAUUUGGCUGGCUUGAUUUUUUUUGCAUGCAGACAUAGCCUCUGAGAUGGACAAUAAUCCUGCCAACAGUCUUCCUGCCCCUCUUCUGCAAUGAUUCCCAAGCCUUGUGACAUGGGAGUCACAUUUAGAGCUGGGCAUUUUAAAGACAAAUGAAAAUAAAAUGGAAACCACUUCACUACAGCGGAAAUUUCCAGAAUGGAUGUCUAUGCAGAGUCAAAGAUGUGCUACAGAAGAAAAGGCCUGCGUUCAGAAGAGUGUUCUUGAAGAUAACCUCCCAUUCUUAGAAUUCCCUGGAUCCAUUGUUUACAGUUAUGAAGCUAGUGAUUGCUCCUUCCUGUCUGAAGACAUUAGCAUGCGUCUGUCUGAUGGCGAUGUGGUGGGAUUUGACAUGGAAUGGCCGCCCAUAUACAAGCCAGGGAAAAGAAGCAGAGUCGCAGUGAUCCAGUUGUGUGUGUCUGAGAGCAAAUGUUACUUGUUUCACAUUUCUUCCAUGUCAGUUUUCCCCCAGGGAUUAAAAAUGUUACUAGAAAACAAAUCAAUUAAGAAGGCAGGGGUUGGGAUUGAAGGGGACCAGUGGAAACUUCUGCGUGAUUUUGACGUCAAGUUGGAGAGUUUUGUGGAGCUGACGGAUGUUGCCAAUGAAAAGUUGAAGUGCGCAGAGACCUGGAGCCUCAAUGGUCUGGUUAAACACGUCUUAGGGAAACAACUUUUGAAAGACAAGUCCAUCCGCUGCAGCAAUUGGAGUAAUUUCCCCCUCACUGAGGACCAGAAACUGUAUGCAGCCACUGAUGCUUAUGCUGGUCUUAUCAUCUAUCAAAAAUUAGGAAAUUUGGGUGAUACUGCGCAAGUGUUUGCUCUAAAUAAAGCAGAGGAAAACCUACCUCUGGAGAUGAAGAAACAGUUGAAUUCAAUCUCCGAAGAAAUGAGGGACCUAGCCAAUCGUUUUCCUGUCACUUGCAGAAAUUUGGAAACUCUCCAGAGGGUUCCUGUAAUAUUGAAGAGUAUUUCAGAAAAUCUCUGUUCAUUGAGAAAAGUGAUCUGUGGUCCUACAAACACUGAGACUAGACUGAAGCCGGGCAGUAGUUUUAAUUUACUGUCAUCAGAGGAUUCAGCUGCUGCUGGAGAAAAAGAGAAACAGAUUGGAAAACAUAGUACUUUUGCUAAAAUUAAAGAAGAACCAUGGGACCCAGAACUUGACAGUUUAGUGAAGCAAGAGGAGGUUGAUGUAUUUAGAAAUCAAGUGAAGCAAGAAAAAGGUGAAUCUGAAAAUGAAAUAGAAGACAAUCUGUUGAGAGAAGAUAUGGAAAGAACUUGUGUGAUUCCUAGUAUUUCAGAAAAUGAACUCCAAGAUUUGGAACAGCAAGCUAAAGAAGAAAAAUAUAAUGAUGUUUCUCACCAACUUUCUGAGCAUUUAUCUCCCAAUGAUGAUGAGAAUGACUCCUCCUAUAUAAUUGAAAGUGAUGAAGAUUUGGAAAUGGAGAUGCUGAAGUCUUUAGAAAACCUAAAUAGUGACGUGGUGGAACCCACUCACUCUACAUGGUUGGAAAUGGGAACCAAUGGGCGUCUUCCUCCUGAGGAGGAAGAUGGACACGGAAAUGAAGCCAUCAAAGAGGAGCAGGAAGAAGAGGACCAUUUAUUGCCGGAACCCAACGCAAAGCAAAUUAAUUGCCUCAAGACCUAUUUCGGACACAGCAGUUUUAAACCGGUUCAGUGGAAAGUCAUCCAUUCUGUAUUAGAAGAGAGAAGAGAUAAUGUUGUUGUCAUGGCAACUGGAUAUGGGAAGAGUCUGUGCUUCCAGUAUCCGCCUGUUUAUACAGGCAAGAUUGGCAUUGUCAUUUCACCUCUCAUUUCCUUAAUGGAAGACCAAGUCCUCCAGCUUGAGCUGUCCAAUGUUCCAGCCUGUUUACUUGGAUCUGCACAGUCAAAAAAUAUUCUAGGAGAUGUUAAAUUAGGCAAAUAUAGGGUCAUCUACAUAACUCCAGAGUUCUGUUCUGGUAACUUGGAUCUACUCCAGCAACUUGACUCUAGUAUUGGCAUCACUCUCAUUGCUGUGGAUGAGGCUCACUGCAUUUCAGAGUGGGGCCAUGAUUUCAGAAGUUCAUUCAGGAUGCUGGGCUCUCUUAAAACAGCGCUCCCAUUGGUUCCAGUCAUUGCACUCUCCGCUACUGCAAGCUCUUCCAUCCGGGAAGACAUUAUAAGCUGCUUAAACCUGAAAGACCCUCAGAUCACCUGCACUGGAUUUGAUCGGCCAAAUCUGUACUUAGAAGUUGGACGGAAAACAGGGAACAUCCUUCAGGAUCUAAAGCCGUUUCUCGUCCGAAAGGCAAGUUCUGCCUGGGAAUUUGAAGGUCCAACCAUCAUCUAUUGUCCUUCGAGAAAAAUGACAGAACAAGUUACUGCUGAACUUGGGAAACUGAACUUAGCCUGCAGAACAUACCACGCUGGCAUGAAAAUUAGCGAAAGGAAGGACGUUCAUCAUAGGUUCCUGAGAGAUGAAAUUCAGUGUGUUGUAGCUACUGUAGCUUUUGGAAUGGGCAUUAAUAAAGCUGACAUUCGCAAAGUUAUUCAUUAUGGUGCGCCUAAGGAAAUGGAAUCCUAUUACCAGGAAAUUGGUAGAGCUGGCCGGGAUGGACUUCAGAGUUCCUGUCACUUGCUCUGGGCUCCAGCAGACUUUAACACAUCCAGGAAUCUCCUUAUUGAGAUUCACGAUGAAAAGUUCCGGUUAUAUAAAUUAAAGAUGAUGGUAAAGAUGGAAAAAUACCUUCACUCCAGUCAGUGUAGGCGACGAAUCAUCUUGUCCCAUUUUGAGGACAAAUGUCUGCAGAAGGCCUCCUUGGACAUUAUGGGAACUGAAAAAUGCUGUGAUAAUUGCAGGCCCAGGCUGAAUCAUUGCCUUACUGCUAACAACUCAGAGGACGCAUCCCAAGACUUUGGGCCACAAGCAUUCCAGCUACUGUCUGCUGUGGACAUCCUGCAGGAGAAAUUUGGAAUUGGGAUUCCGAUCUUAUUUCUCCGAGGAUCUAAUUCUCAGCGUCUUCCUGAUAAAUAUCGGGGUCACAGGCUCUUUGGUGCUGGAAAGGAGCAAGCAGAAAGUUGGUGGAAGACCCUUUCUCACCAUCUCAUAGCUGAAGGAUUCUUGGUAGAAGUUCCCAAGGAAAACAAAUAUAUAAAGACAUGUUCCCUCACAAAAAAGGGUAGAAAGUGGCUUGGAGAAGCCAGUUCGCAGUCUCCUCCGAGCCUUCUCCUUCAAGCUAAUGAAGAGAUGUUUCCAAGGAAAGUUCUGCUACCAAGUUCUAAUCCUGUAUCUCCAGAAACGACGCAACAUUCCUCUAAUCAAAACCCAGCUGGAUUAACUACCAAGCAGUCUAAUUUGGAGAGAACGCAUUCUUACAAAGUGCCUGAGAAAGUUUCUUCUGGGACUAACAUUCCUAAAAAAAGUGCCGUGAUGCCGUCACCAGGAACAUCUUCCAGCCCCUUAGAACCUGCCAUCUCAGCCCAAGAGCUGGACGCUCGGACUGGGCUAUAUGCCAGGCUGGUGGAAGCAAGGCAGAAACACGCUAAUAAGAUGGAUGUACCUCCAGCUAUUUUAGCAACAAACAAGGUUCUGCUGGACAUGGCUAAAAUGAGACCGACUACUGUUGAAAACAUGAAACAGAUCGACGGUGUCUCUGAAGGCAAAGCUGCUCUGUUGGCCCCUCUGUUGGAAGUCAUCAAACAUUUCUGUCAAGUAACUAGUGUUCAGACAGACCUCCUUUCCAGUGCCAAACCUCACAAGGAACAGGAGAAAAGUCAGGAGAUGGAAAAGAAAGACUGCUCACUCCCCCAGUCUGUGGCCGUCACAUACACUCUAUUCCAGGAAAAGAAAAUGCCCUUACACAGCAUAGCUGAGAACAGGCUCCUGCCUCUCACAGCAGCCGGCAUGCACUUAGCCCAGGCGGUGAAAGCCGGCUACCCCCUGGAUAUGGAGCGAGCUGGCCUGACCCCAGAGACUUGGAAGAUUAUUAUGGAUGUCAUCCGAAACCCUCCCAUCAACUCAGAUAUGUAUAAAGUUAAACUCAUCAGAAUGUUAGUUCCUGAAAACUUAGACACGUACCUCAUCCACAUGGCGAUUGAGAUUCUUCAGAGUGGUUCCGACAGCAGAACCCAGCCUCCUUGUGAUUCCAGCAGGAAGAGGCGUUUCCCCAGCUCUGCAGAGAGUUGUGAGAGCUGUAAGGAGAGCAAAGAGGCGGUCACCGAGACCAAGGCAUCAUCUUCAGAGUCAAAGAGAAAAUUACCCGAGUGGUUUGCCAAAGGAAAUGUGCCCUCAGCUGAUACCGGCAGCUCAUCAUCAAUGGCCAAGACCAAAAAGAAAGGUCUCUUUAGUUAAGAUGACAACGAUGGAACAGUUUGUGUGUCCUACAUCUUCAUUCCUAUAAAGAAUGAAAAGAAAUAUUUUAACCUCAAAAUUAUUUAAAGUCCAAAGUGAAGCUCACCUAAACGUCGAGCCAUAGAGUCUUUAAUUGCCCGUUGGCAGUUGAGCUACAGUAUCUGAACCUUCUGAGACCCGGAGUGCAGCAUAGACUGUGAAGUCGGCUUCCUUUCCGAUUGCCUUCCGAACCCGUGUCACUGUCAGGUUGCAGUCUUUCUCUUCUUGCAGCAGUGUGUGUUGGAAAUGGAGGCUGUGUCGCUUUGACAUAUAGAACAGAUCAGUAGUUGCAUAGGGACAGAUAUGAAGAUACAGCCGGUCUUUGCUUUCUUAUGCAGAUGCCUGUAUGACAGUAUCAGUGCACCAGCCCAGCCAGGGAGACAUCAGCUUCCAUUUAAAAAGGGAAAGCGGACAAGGACUCCAGUUACAGAAACAACUAAAUUCUAUGCAUUUUCUGCACAGUCUUUAUUAUUUCUCAAUCAAAAGUGUUCUUUGUACUGAAUAGUAAAUAUACUAAAUUUUCAUUUUUUAAAUUGUUGUGAGUGCCUUCAAUAUUUGAAGAUGCCAAUUUUUAAUGUCUUAUGUUUCACAAAGAAUUAAAAAACUGAAAAUUCAACUCUGUUCUUGGUAAACUAUUGUUAUAUAAAUUUAUAAGCAGUUUACCAUAUAGCUAAAUAUAUUCAAAGCCUUGGAUUAACUUUUUUUUUUUUUGUAAAUAGAAAUGGACUGUUAUUAAUGUAGGAAAAAAUACCCCUGAAUUCAGAGAAGUUAAAAAAAAGUCACUCAGAGUUCCAUUAGGAAAGAAUCAAAGCCAUUUCCUUUUUCAAUCAGCCAGACUCCCUCGUAUUCAUUUUCUUAAUUUGAAUCUUAUUAUAAGACAUUCAAACUAUAAUUAAAACAUAGAAACUCCCACAUUCUCAUUUUUCUGCUUUCUAUUACCAGAAGGUAGCUUUCCGUAUAUCACGCAUAAUCUCCAGUUGCUUCUAUUUCUCUGUGCCUUAAACUGUUUCUACAAUGCAUGAGGUGGUAUUCUCUGUGGCAGUGGCAGCACUACAGCGCUCGGGUCCCUGCUGAUUGCGGUGGCCUGCUGCAGGAAAACGUCUGCUUCAUUGUUUUGACUUAUGAGUUGAACUGGGUUUUCUUUCCUUCGUGGAAUUGAAAAACAAAGCUUGGGGGCAAAAAGUAUGCUUGGUUUUUUAGACUUGGUUAUUUGGCAGACAUUUUCUCAAGAUUCAAUGAAGUUAGCCUGUUGCUUUAAGGAAAAUGACUUACCAAUAAUUAUUGCCAGUAAUAAAAUUGAGAUUUCUAGCAAAAAUUACAAUUCUGGUGAACAGGUGUCCUUCACUGGGCACCUGGGUAGCUUUCCUUGACCUGAGGGCUUUUCUAAUGAGAUGAAUAAAAUAAACACAUUAUUUUUGAUACUAUCUAAAGUUUCAUCUGUAUCUGGAACAUCUAAGUGACCCAAGAAAUCAGUGUUUAAUGGACAACUAAGACACGUUAUAAUAUAGCAUAUAUAGUAAUGUAGUCAAGGAAGAGCCCAUGGCCGUCCCUUCAGAUACACACUGAAAAUAAUCACGAAGCAACAGCUACAGUUUUCAUUUCAAAGAUUUAAAGUUUCAAAGAUUCUCUACCAUUAUUUGAAAAGCUAUUUUCAAAUAGCUUUUCCUAAUAUAGCACACACACACACACACACACACACACACACACACACACACACAGACUGAAUACAGUAGACCAGACUCCAGGCUCUUCUUCUCCUGAACUCAUCCACACAACGAGAACAUUUACAGAAAUGAAAUGGGGCCAUCCUUGUCUUUUUUUUUUAAUGUAAAUGUGAUUUUAAAACGAACAAUAUUUGUGCUAAAUUGUAAUUGGUUUACUGCAGCCAUUUUUAAAUGAAUCAAUAAAUCUUUGAAAAAAGCCUCA